AUGGAGUGGCAGCCGGAUGAACAGGGACUCCAGCAGGUCCUCCAGCUCCUCAAGGACUCCCAGUCCCCCAACACGGCCACACAGAGAGCCGUGCAACAAGUAUCCUCUUCAUGUACAGACACUGACUGGAGAGGGGGUUAGUGGGAUGGGGACCUGUAUGGCAGUGGUACUUCUGUGUGCUCUUCUGUGGUCCUCAGUUGGUAGAGCAUGGUGCUUGCAACACCAGUAUAGUGGGUUAGAUUCCUGGGACCACCCAUACGUAAACUGUAUCACCACAUUAGUGUAAGUUGCUUUGGAUAAAAGUGCCUGCUAAAUGGCAUAUUAUUCUAUGGUUAUUGCAUCAUCUAGUUCAGUUUGCAGGGAUCUCAGUCUAUGGGGCCUGUAUUGACAAUGUAUCACAGUGGCGAUAGUGUUAUAAGACAGUCACUCUGACUGUCCCUCUGGAUAUGAUGCAUUCUAUAGAACUCCUGACUGUUACUGAUGGUGUUAGUAUUCAUACUGUCUGAUCCAGAGGUCUCUCAUACUACUCUGUCUGGUCCUUUAGAGUUUGCCUUUGUUAGUAUAGCAUAUAAUCCUAACCCUCCAAUCCAUAACUUCCACUAGCCUACUUAUUACUUACUUAAACCCUUGUCCUCAUUAGGAACCAUAGGUAAGGCUACUUAUAGCAGCAGUUAUUUCAAAAUCAUUCAUAUGGUACAACCUAUACAAAGGGGUGGCAACCAUUUCUGCAGCUUUAGAAUUAAACUUAGCUGGUAUGUGACGAAAUCACAGAUCCGUUGCAUUCCAAACUCUGUCAAAUUCCUAACUUCUGAAAUAAGCACCGCACUUAGUAUUUCAACUGGUGGUAUUUUUCCUCUGUCUAAAUGUCACCAGUAGAUUACACUGCUGCAGUGAAAGUGUACUUCUAGUUAUUUGUUUGAGUUUAGCAUCAUGUGAGUUGUCUGUGAUGUGAAAUUGCCCUUAACCGUGCUGUCAGAAACUUGAACAGCUCAACCAGUUCCCUGACUUCAACAACUAUUUAAUCUUUGUGCUCACAAGACUGAAAACUGAAGGUGAGAGCCCUCUGUCUGUGUGAGUGAGUUUAUAUGUUGUAGGUGAGCGUCCAGUAGCCUGAGUCGUGUUCAUUAGGGUACACCGUAUUACUUCUUAGCUCAAAUGAGUUUUUGGUUUCUUUGUGUUGUCCAUUCUUUGGUCAGCAUGCCGUCAUUAUCUGCUUGCCUUGUUAUUAGUGGUUCUCCAGACUGCUGCGUGUCAUUUGGAACGCACGUUGCUGUGGCCUUCGUCUGCAUCUUUGACAUUCUCCUCUUUUUCUUCCUCUACCCCAUGACCGCCCGACUUCAUCCUCUUCUCCCAUUCCUCCCUCCUGCUCUCUCUCUCCAGAUGAGCCCACUCGUUCUCUGAGUGGUCUGAUCCUGAAGAACAAUGUGAAGGCCCACUACCAGAACUUCCCCCCGGCCGUGGCUGACUUCAUCAAGCAGGAAUGCCUCAACAACAUAGGCGACCCGUCACCCCUCAUCCGUGCCACCAUCGGUGAGUCAGUGUGUGUGUGUUAGGUCUGGGUGUGUGUGUGUGUGUGUGUGUUAGGUCUGGGUGGGUGUGUUAGGUCUGGGUGGGGGUGUGUUAGGUCUGGUUGGGUGUGGGUGUGUGUGUGUUAGUUUGGGUGUGUGGGUGGGGUUAGGUCUGGUGUUGUGAGUGGGGGGGGUAUGUGUGUGUGUUAGGGUCGGGUGUGGUGUGGGGGGUUUGUGGUUAGGUCUGGGUGGGUGUGGUGUGUUAGGUUAGGGGGGUGGUGGUGUGUGUGUUUAGGUCUGGGUGGGUGGUGGUGGUGUUAGGUUGGGUGGGUGUGUGUGUGUUAGGUCUGGGGUGUUGGUUAGGUCUGGGUGGGUUGUGUGUUAGGUCUGGGUGGGGUGUGGGUGUGGUUGGUUGGGUGGUGUUGGGUGUGGUGUUGUGUUAGGUCUGGGUGGUGUGUGUGUGUUAGGUGGGUGGGUGUGUGGCGUGUGUUAGGUCUGGGUGGGUGUGUGCGCGUGUGUUAGGUCUGGGUGGGUGUGUGCGUGUUAGGUCUGGGUGGGUGGGUGUGUGUGCGUGUGUUAGGUCUGGGUGGGUGGGUGUGUGCGUGUUAGGUCUGGGUGGGUGGGUGUGUGCGUGCGUGUUAGGUCUGGGUGGUGGUGGGUGGGUGUGUGCGUGGUUAGGUCUGGGUGGGUGGGUGUGUGUGUGUUGGGGGGGGGGGGGGGGGGGGUUAGGUCUGGGUGGGUGUGAGACAGAGACAUGGUUCUGUCUGUGUGGUGACAGUAGGUGUGUCUUGGCAUGCAUUGCAUCUGUCUCGGGUAACUGCUGUCCUUGGCUUUAAUGUGGUUAAUUUUUCUCACCGUCCCUCCCUUUAGUACAGGGGUGUCAAACGUCCGGCCCACGGGUUUAAUCCGGCCCGCGAGAUAAAAAAAACAAAACAAUUUUUUUUAAUAAUAAUUUUGUACAGUAUAAAAAUGCGCUGCAAUUUUUCAAUAAAAUAAACUGCUGUUCCAAUUGCGUCCACUGGAUGGCGCAAUAGCAAUUGUGUUAAGCAAGCAAACUGUUUAUACCGGGGCAGAGCAAGUAGGUCAAGCACGUGCAGCCAAUGAGCUACUUUGUUUUGCCCGCGAUAUUUAUUACGGCUUCUACUUUUAACAUUAUGUGCUUUGGCACCCUCAUUGCCCCAAUAUGUCUCUGUCAAAAAAGAGAAAUGUGGACGCAGAGUGUUCCAAGAAAAAUGGUCAUCCUAUUUAUGCUGAAAGAAUAUAACCUUCGUCGCCACUAUGUGAGUCUUUAUGCCGACAAAUAUGACAACUUUCAAGGACAGCGGAGAUGAGAGAAGGUGAAUGAACUGUUGGCGGGUCUGAAGAAACAGCAGUCUGUGUUUACUCACAGCCGAGACAUCAGUGACGCUGCAGUGAAAGCUAGCUACCUCAUUGCUAAUGAAAUCGCAGUGGCUUCAAAACCAUUUAGUGAGGGUGAAUUUGUAAAAACAUGCAUGAUGAAGGCAGCGGAGAUUGUGUGCCCUGAAAAGCGGCAGGCUUUUGCAAAUAUCAGCCUGACAAGAAACACAGUUGCAGACAGGAUUUCCGAUCUUUCAGUGGAUUUGGACAGCCCGUUGAAGCAAAAAGUAAAGUCAUUUAUUGCGUUUUCGGUUGCAAUUGAUGAAAGCACGGACAUUACAGAUGUUGCACAACUGGCCAUUUUCAUCCGCGGAGUUGAUGACACAUUGACCGUCACCGAGGAGUUCGUGGAGUUGGUGCCGAUGACAGAUACAACGACAGCAGCUGAUAUUUUUACCGCACUCGUCGGCGCGCUGGACAGGGUCGGAGUGGACUGGUCCCGGCCUGGCUACAGAUGGUGCGCCCUCAAUGAUCGGGAAAAAAGCAGGCGUUGUGACAAAGUUCAGAGAGAAAGUGCAAUCUGCAAAUGGAGGACGUGAUUUUUUGACUUUUCACUGUAUUUUGCACCAGGAGGCUUUGUGUUGCAAGUCAUUAAAGAUGGAUAACGUCAUGAAGGUGGUCAUCCAAACUGUUAAUUUCAUCCGAUCCAGAAGCCUGAAUCACCGUCAGUUUGACAGCCUUCUCAGAGAGAAAGACCACAUCUAUGGCCUGCCAUACCACACUGAGGUAAGAUGGUUAAGCCGAGGUGCUGUGCUGAGGCGUUUCUUUGAUUUACGAGAAGAAAUUGAACAGUUCAUGGAAGAAAAGGGCAAACCAGUGUUAGAAUUUCAUUCCGCAGAAUGGAUGCAGGACCUUGCAUUUAUGGUGGAUGUUACAGAGCACCUGAAUAACUUGAACAAACAGCUGCAAGGGCGCAACAAAGUUGUCACGCAGUAUUAUGACAGCAUACGUUCUUUCAAGUUGAAGCUGUCAUUGUGGGAGACGCAACUUGCCGGUGGUGAUGCAGCUCACUUCCCCUGUCUGAAAAAUGUGUGCGCGACCCAACAUGUGGCAGACAUGAAGCGGUUCAAAGAUAAAAUAACGGGACUGUUACGGGAGUUUGAGCAACGCUUUCAGAUUUAUGUUUUUAUGUUGAUGUGCUAUUGUUUUUAAUUGAUUUUAUUUUAUUUGUAUAUUUAACCUAUUCUUGACUAUGUGGUUCUUGCACUUGUUUGGGGAACAGGAUUUCAUUAUUUUUUAUCUACAUUUCUGCCUGAGAAAUGACACCCUGAUAUAGUUCUGUGAUCUGUGAAACAGUUCUGUUAAUCACUGAGGCAUUGUGUGUUUGUGUUCUUUUUCAUUAGAAUUUUCAAAUAAACUUGACGUGUUUUAUGAUUAAUAGUGAUGUUGUGCUUGUACUAUUUUGGACACACUGUCCUCAGGCUCCAGCUUUAUGUUGUAUGUUGAUCGUAUUAAAACAAAGAAAACAAUCUGAAGUUGUUGUUUUUAAGUUAUAUAUACCAUGAUUUUUCCGGUCCGGCCCACUUGGGAAUAGAUUUUCCUCCAUGUGGCCCCUGAGCUAAAAUGAGUUUGACACACCUGCUUUAGUAGCUAUCUUCACUUUCCUCAUCCCCCCCCAAACAGACAUCUCUCUUCCCCCAUCCUGCCCUCUGGAUUUGAUGCAUUCUAUAUAACUGCUGACUGUUAAUGAUGGUGUUAGUUUUCAUACUGUCUGAUCCAGAGGUCUCUCUAUACCUUAACUCUCUUGUACAUCCCUGUUUCCCCACAUCUCUGGUCUGACAAGACAGCAUAGGUGGAAGCAAUGUAGUGGAACCCUUCAGGAGUGUUUACUUUCACCUCUCCACUUCUCCCAGAUCAGUGGGUUCAAUUGUUUUGCUUCGCCUUGUGCCCCGGGUGGGUGGAGAUUUCACUUAAGGACCAAUGCGAUGGUCUAAAAUGUGCAAACUCUGCCCACCCUAGUUACCGGGCAAUGCAAAACCAACAUGCUCAGUGAGAAUGGCAGUGUCACCUCCAAGAGACUGCUAUUUUAGUGUUAAGAGGAAGCCACCGUGUGAGUGUUGCUUCCUAACCUCUUUCUCUUCAUCUCUCUCUCAGGUAUCCUGAUCACCACCAUCACUUCCAAAGGGGAGCUGCAGACAUGGCCGGAGCUGCUGCCCCAGCUGUGUAACCUGCUCAACUCUGAGGACUACAACACCUGCGAGGUCAGGAGCUACCUGCCUACCUCACACUCACCUCUUUUUCUACUCUCCCUUUCUUUUCCAUCUGUCGCCCUUCUCCAUUUUUUGUCCUCCUCCUUCCCCGUCUCCCUUGCUUUUCUUUUUCCCCUCCUUCCCUGUCCCUCUCUCUUUCCCCUUCCUUCCAUGUCUUCAUAUCCCUUCUUCGGUCUUCCUUCCCUGUCCCCUCCUUUACCUCUCCACAGCUCUCUUUACCUCUCCACAACUCUCUGUACCUCCUAAGAGUUAUUUUACUCGUUGCUAAAUGUUUUCAGUAGCGUUCUCUCUCCCCAUCCCAUGCCAUCUGGAUAUGAUGCAGAACACCUUGACAGUGAUUGCCAGUGAUGCUUGUUGUAUUCAUACUGUCUGAUCCAGACCUGUAGCCUAUUGUCUCAAAUCAUCCUACGUCAUCCCCCUCUGUUGCUCUGAGUUUGACUCUGUCUGUCUGCGUGUGUUCUCUUGAUCAGGGCUCGUUUGGCGCCCUGCAGAAGAUCUGCGAGGACUCGUCGGAGCUGUUGGAGAGCGACGCGCUCAACCGCCCUCUCAACAUCAUGAUCCCCAAGUUCCUGCAGUUCUUCAAGCACUGCAGCCCCAAGAUCAGGUCAGUCCGAGGUCCCCUGUACCUCCAGACUAUCCUGUUCCCAGAUCAGUUUGUGCUGUCUUGCCAACUCCUGUGGUCAUAGUUAUGACUAGAAGAGUUGGCAAGACAGCACAAACAGAUCUGAGAACAGGCUGCCUCUAGACUCCAUUGGCUGUUUCUGUUCUUACUGUUGUGUUCAGUAGAGCAUAGCACAACGUUUUACAACGGAUUACACAUCUGUGUUCUUAUUGGACCAGCUUAGGUAGUUGCGUGGAACAUUUGGGUCGGUUUCAAAAAGUUUUCCUCCUACUUAUCCCACUGUUUUCAAAUACAUUCAUUUGCUGUGACUCAUGGUGAUAUUGUCUCUGCCUGUAGAUCUCAUGCCAUCGCCUGUGUGAACCAGUUCAUCAUCGGCAGAGCCCAGGCCCUGAUGGACAACAUCGACACCUUCAUCGAGGUGAGCAUCAGGCAACACACAACACUGUGUUGACCAUAGAAAUAUAAUUGUUGUGGUUUGAUGGGCUAUGCCCAUUCUAGUAGUUCUACCUCUAUGGUGGUGACACUGAAGAACACUGAGCUCUUCUGGCUAUGAUGCAGAACACCUUGACAGUGAUGGUCAGUGAUGCUUGUUGUAUUCAUACUGUCUGAUCCAAACCCUACAGCCUCUUACAUGUCCAUCGUCUAGGCAACGGUGUGAACUGUAAUCAAUGGUGUUGAGGAUAGCUGUAGAUUCAAGACUGACAUCGGUUUCUCUUAUUUUCUUCUCUGGCACCACUCUUUCCUUCUCUUUCCCUCUCUCUCUUCGUGUCUCUGUCUCUCUCAGAGCCUGUUUGCGCUGGCUACAGACGAGGACUCGGAGGUGAGGAAGAACGUGUGCCGCGCUCUGGUCAUGCUGCUGGAGGUCCGCAUCGACCGGCUAAUCCCUCACAUGCACAGCAUCAUACAAGUGAGACCACCACCACUUCCUUAUUUACACUCCCACAGACCAAUCAGCACGUCCGACACUGUCAUACCUCAUCAGCCAAUCCCAACCCCUGACACUGCUGUGUCUGUAUCUCUCUCCCGCCAGUACAUGCUGCAGCGCACACAGGACCCGGAUGAGAACGUUUCUCUGGAGGCCUGUGAGUUCUGGCUCACCCUGGCCGAGCAGCCCAUCUGCAAGGAGGUGCUCUCUGGACACCUGGUGCAGUGAGUAAUCCUAAACAUACCUGUAACAUACAGCAUCACCUGGAUUGUGUUGGUUGUACGUGAUGUAGAGAGAGGGGGGAACGGUCAGGUCAGAGGUGAAGAGGGGAACAGAGGUUAGUCAAUAGUACAGCUUGUAAGAGUAACAUACCCAUAGAGGUCCUAUAGUUCAUAGUGUAUUUAAUUCUGUCAACAUACUGUACUGUGUUCUAUUAGGUGUGAAGAGAAGGAAGUUCAGAGGAACAGAGAAUGUUGAUUCCAUUUCAGUAGUGUUGGCUAGCUGUAGUAUAAGACCUCUCAUGACGUUUACCCUCUCCCCUUCCCAUGCUGUCUGGAUAUGAUGCAUAACACAUUAACUGUGAUGGUCAGUGAUGCUUGUUGUAUUCAUACUGUCUGAUCCAGACAGCUGCAGCCCACUUGCCACAUCUGACGCUGUAUAACUUCAAUCUAUUAUUAUAUGGAACCAAGAAAUGCUGUGUUGUUGAUUGACCAACAAUGGAAAGACUGCUUGACUAAUGGUGCCUUGUCUCUCUCUUCCCUCCUGUAGGCUCAUUCCUAUCCUGGUGAACGGCAUGAAGUACUCUGAGAUAGACAUUAUCCUGCUGAAGGUGAGCCUGCCUAUCUGUUCUGGGUGUGAAUGAUGACACCACACCUAUUUCUCCCCACCAGGGUUGUGUUCAUUAGGGCACACUGUAGCAAAACGUUUUGCAACGGAAAAUGAAAAUGACUGUUUCUUAUUGGACCAGUUUAGAUACUACCUCCCUGUUUCGGACCAUUUGUUCAGUUUCAUGCUUAAUGAACACGACCCAGAUGUCUUUCCUCCCACCCUCUCCUUACUGGUACUCUUGGUGUGAUGACAGCUUUAGCUUGAGACUUUACUGAUAUUUGAUGUAUUCAUACUCUCUGACCUAAGGCGUUGUAUCUGGUUAAUGCCAGUUAAUGGUGUAGCAGUGUUUUCCCCCCUGCUAACUGUCCACACAUUUCCAGUUCCAUAACACAUCACCUAGGCUAACCCACAGGGAAUUUCUGCCUGCCAGACACUCCUUACCCUGACUCAUAGUCCUCUGUCAUAGAAGCCACACACUUACUCAUUUCAGUGCAUUAAUACCCUACUGGCUAUUUCUGGCACUAAGCUGUGUCCAUAUGUCCAUGCUACAGCAUGCUUUUUUAGAAUGAGAAGGUCUUAGCCUCCUGAACUGAAACCUCAUUUGGUCCUGCUAUACUAGGAAACAGUCUCGGCCCUAGGUAUUGCCUGGAGUUUUUCCUAGUCAGGUCACGCGUUCCUGGAAAAACUCCUUGCCCAAGUUAUAAAAUAUUAGCCUGGUCCCAGAUAUUUUUGUGCUGUAUAGCCAUAUCUUAUGCUUGCUGUCAUGUUUCACAGCACAGACCUCGGACCAGAAAAAUAAAAUAUAGCAAUGAUUAAUGUAGUCUCUCUCUCCAGGGUGAUGUGGAGGAGGACGAGGCAGUGCCGGACAGUGAGCAGGACAUCAAGCCCCGCUUCCAUAAGUCACGCACCGUCACCCUGCAGCACGAGGGAGGAGAGGGAGAGGAGGGAGAGGACAUUGACGAAGAUGACGAUGAUGAUGACGAUACGUUAUCUGACUGGAACCUACGUGAGUCUGACAUGACUUUAAGCCAACUGUUACUGAAACCACCACAGCCAGGAUGGAGAAGAAUUAGCAAAAAGACUGAUACUGUCGAUUGGAUAGAGCAGGAGGAUUGUAUCUGCUGCAGGUCUACAUGAGCUUGUCCUGUGUAUGCUUGCUUAAAGCAGCAAUAAUAUAACUACAUUUGAUAGUCAUUCCUGUGGGACAUAUGUUGUCAAAAGUAACAAAACAAUUAAGUGGAUAUUCUUUCUGUAUUUGUGAAAAUAUAAGUGGAAGUUGUUAAGUCUUUCUAUAGACUCUUUAGGUCCUAGUGUUGCUUUUCUAGCCAAGAUCAGAGGUACUCUCACCAUCUAAACAGUACACUGAUUCAGUUACUUCCCUGUUUGGCUGCUCUGCUCUCUCCACUGUCAGUGCACUGCUCCCCAGCGUCUCAUUAGCAGUAAAGCUAGAGGUGGUAAUUGGACAGUGUGAACACUGAACAGCACAGCCAGAGUAGUGAUUACUGGCAUCAGUGAUGCUCCCUGCUGCUUUUCCCGGCAAUGGAGCGAUUCCCAUGCAGAGAUGCGCCAGAAAGGUGGAAGACCACUGUUAUCACAAUGGUGUCUGCAUAGAACAAAACGACAUAGAAUUGUUAUUCUGUAUCUGAGUGUUAGUUCACGUAACCUUUACUGAAAUGAUAUAGCUUUUUACCGGUGUCAUAACUAGAUCACAAGGUGGAUAAUUCUUAGACAUGAUUUUAUGGAAAUUGCUGUGUCAUUACUUCAGGGCUGUAGCUAGUCUCGUCAGCAAGACACCAACAUCAAUGACAUUCUGGUGACUGGAGAAUCUGACUUGAGGAGAAACCUAGAACGGCUGAAGUGGAGGGUAGGCUGUUGCUAGUGUGUUUGACUGUGUUUGCGUGUGUGCCGACUGCAGAAUGACUUUGCAUUUAACUGCUGCUGUGGAAAUGAUGACAUGUUCUCAUCUGAACAUAUAUGAUGCUAAUUAGAGAUCGUUUUCUGAUCUACAGCAGGAUAUUGGUAGGACUGGUCUCCUUAACCUCAAAGGAAUGGGUGUAUAGGCCAGCGUGGUUGGUUUAUUUGAAGAAUCUGUUACUGUUCAGACCAGUACAACAUGGCUUGGCCCAGAUUCAGUACUGUGAAAAGGGUAUGAUAUUAAAUGGCUAGUUCGCUCUAAAGCAUCUUAGUAUUUUGUUCAUAGUCCACUGUAAAUAAAUCCCCAAAUGUGCAUGUCCAGCAGUCAAGUCUUCAAGAUGGAGCAUUUCAGUACAGAGCAAAACUGUAAGAUCAUCAUGUUUCGAGUGAACAUCCCUAUCCAAAGUGUCUUCAACGUUUCGGAGCCAACCUCUGCCGUUGUUUGGGAACAGGGCCUUCACCUCCCCUGACUGGGUUGAACGCUGGCAUCUCUGGGCUGGGUUUUCAUCAGGGACAGACACGUGUAAGUAAAGAUGAUACACUAUCGGAGUUAUGAGUGCACUUCUCUUCUCAGCAUGGUGCUUGAGUUACCUGGUCUUCAUGACUGUCAAACCCAUCCCGGCUGUGCUUGAAAAUUUCUAAGCCUGGAGUCUCCAGAUCUCAACCCCAUAGAAAAUCUUUGGAGGGAGUUGAAAGUCCGUGUUGCCCAGCGACAGUCCCAAAACAUCACUGCUCUAGAGGAGAUCUGCAUGGAGGAAUGGGCCAAAAUACCAGCAGCAGUGUGUGAAAACCUUGUGAAGACUUACAGAAAACGUUUGACCUGUGUCAUUGCCAACAAAGGGUAUAUAACAAAGUAUUGAGAAACUUUUGUUAUUGACCAAAUACUUAUUUUCCACCAUAAUUUGCAAAUAAAUUCAUAAAAAAUCCUACAAUGUGAUCUUCUGGAUUUUUUUUCCUCAUUUUGUCUGUCAUAGUUGACGUGUACCUAUGAUGAAAAUUACAGGCCUCUCUCAUCUUUUUAAGUGGGAGAACUUGCACAAUUGGUGGCUGACUAAAUACUUUUUUUCCCCACUGUAUGUCCAUGCUACAGCAUGCUUUUUAGAAUGAGAAGGUCUUGGCCUCCUGAACUGAAACCUCAUUUGGUCCUGCUAUACUAGGAAACAGUCUCGGCCCUAGGUAUUGCCUAGAACUAUUGCCUGGAGGUUUUCCUAGUCAGGUCACGCGUUCCCGGAAAAAUUCCUUGCCCAAGUUAUAAAAUAUUAGCCUGGUCCCAGAUAUUUUUGUGCUGUAUAGCCAUCUCUUAUGCUUGCUGUCAUGUUUCACAGCACAGACCUCGGACCAGAAAAAUAAAAUAUAGCAAUGAUUAAUGUAGUCUCUCUCUCCAGGGUGAUGUGGAGGAGGACGAGGCAGUGCCGGACAGUGAGCAGGACAUCAAGCCCCGCUUCCAUAAGUCACGCACCGUCACCCUGCAGCACGAGGGAGGAGAGGGAGAGGAGGGAGAGGACAUUGACCAAGAUGACGAUGAUGAUGACGAUACGUUAUCUGACUGGAACCUACGUGAGUCUGACAUGACUUUAAGCCAACUGUUACUGAAACCACCACAGCCAGGAUGGGAGAAGAAUUAGAAAACAGACUGAUACUGUCGAUGGAUAGAGCAGGAGGAUUGUAUCUGCUGCAGUCUACAUGAGGCUUGUCUGUGUAUGCUUGCUUAAAGCAGCAUAAUAUAACUACAUUUGAUAGUCAUUCCUGUGGGACAAUAUGGUGGCAAAAGUAACAAAAACAAUUAAGUGGAUAUUCUUUCUGUAUUUGUGAAAAUAUAAGUGGAAAGUUGUUAAGUCUUUCUAUAGACUCUUUAGGUCCCUAGUGUUGCUUUUCUAGCCAAGAUCAGAGGUACUCUCUCACCAUCUAAACAGUACACUGAUUCAGUUACUUCCCUGUUUGGCUGCUCUGCUCUCCACUGUCAGUGCACUGCUCCCCAGCGUCUCAUUAGCAGUAAAGCUAGAGGUGGUAAUUGGACAGUGUGAACACUGAACAGCACAGCCAGAGUAGUGAUUACUGGCAUCAGUGAUGCUCCCUGCUGCUGUCUGGCAAUGGAGCGAUUCCCAUGCAGAGAUGCGCCAGAAAGGUGGAAGACCACUGUUAUCACAAUGGUGUCUGCAUAGAACAAAACGACAUAGAAUUGUUAUUCUGUAUCUGAGUGUUAGUUCACGUAACCGUUACUGAAAUGAUAUAGCUUUUUACUGGUGUCAUAGCUAGAUCACAAGGUGGAUAAUUCUUAGACAUGAUUUUUAUGGAAAUUGCUGUGUCAUUACUUCAGGGCUGUAGCUAGUCUCGUCAGCCAGACACCAACAUCAAUGACAUUCUGGUGACUGGAGAAUCUGAAACCGAGAACGGCUGAAGUGGAGGGUAGGCUGUUGCUAGUGUGUGUGACUGUUUGCGUGUUUGCCGACUGCAGAAUGACUUUGCAUUUAACUGCUGCUGUGGAAAUGAUGACAUGUUCUCAUCUGAACAUAUAUGAUGCUAAUUAGAGAUCGUUUUCUGAUCCACAGCAGGAUAUUGGUAGGACUGGUCUCCUUAACCUCAAAGGAAUGGGUGUAUAGGCCAGCGUGUUUUUUUUAAUUUGAAGAAUCUGUUACUGUUCAGACCAGUACAACAUGGCUUGGCCCAGAUUCAGUACUGUGAAAAGGGUAUGAUAUUAAAUGGCUAGUUCGCUCUAAAGCCAUCUUAGUAUUUUGUUCAUUAGUCCACUGUAAAUAACAUCCCCCAAAUUGCACAUGUCCCAGCAGUCAAGUUUUCAAGAUGGAGCACUUUCAGUACAGCUGUAAAGAUGUUUUUCAUCAUAUUUCUGAGUGAACUAUCCCUAUUAUCUCCCUGUAGGUAAGUGUUCGGCGGCGGCGCUGGACGUGCUGGCCAACGUGUUCCGGGACGAGCUGCUGCCCCACCUGCUGCCCCUGCUCAAGGGCCUUCUCUUCUCCCCUGACUGGGUCAUCAAGGAGUCUGGCAUCCUGGUGCUGGGAGCCAUCGCUGAGGGUAAGGACUAGGAAAUCAAUCAGUCACACUGUUUACACUUCACAUAGCUCUCUCCUUCUCUUGCUCAGUCUCAUCUGUGUGACUCUUUCUUUCUCUCAACUGAUUCUCUCGACUCUCCAUCUCUCUGCGCUGUUGCUCUCCUCUCUGCUGUGAUGUACAGUACACAGUGGUUCUUUCUCUAUCACUCCAUUGAGAGUUGACUGUCCCUCUGGAUAUGAUGCAUUCUAUGUAACUCCUGACUGUUAAUGAUGGUGUUAGUAUUCAUACUGUCUGAUCCAGAGGUCUCUCAUACAGUCAUAUUCCUAUACUGUUAAUUUUGCCACUCUUUAAAUUUAGGCUAGUCUUAGACAUUUUUUCUAAAAUAUCAUGAAGCCAGAUUUUUGUCAUUUGAAUAAUGAUGUACCGUAGUCUAAUUAUUGUCAAAAGGACAAACAGUGGGCCAUUUUAGUCCACUAAAUGCCCUUUCAUUCUAGUCACAUUUUGUCACAUCACAUUUGUAUUGCCUCAUAAACCUAUAGUAAACAUAAAUCACUGACUUCCAUGUUCACAAAUAUACAUAUCCUUGUCCUACCAACAUAUCUUUCUGCAUAACAUCCUAUCUCACGAAUUCUCUUCCCAACAGCCAAAUUGGCAGAAGAACACAUUACUCUGCAACAGAUAAAAAAACGAGUCAGAUAUUAGUCAGAGAUAAUUUCGUCUCAUUUUCAUGAACCAAAAAGAAAAAUAAUUUUGGUUAGUUGUAGUUUUUUCUGGGUCUGUUUAGUCAGUUAUCGUCUCGUCGAUUGCCACUGAAAAAUAGGGGUUUGAAUAUUUUUGUUGACGGAAUUAACAUGGCUCUCUGUCCCUGCAGACUCUUUCUCUGCUAAUGGAACUCUAGUUCCUUGUUGCAUUAUAUCAAUUCAGAUUGACUUAGCAGUGGUGCCGCCAUUCAUUUUUGUCAGUGGAUGCUCACGCCAAUGUCUGGUUCCCCUGUCACUCGAGUUGUCUACUUUCUCUCUCUCCACUGUGAAUUUGCUACACUUUGUCUCUCUCUCUCUCUCACUCUUCAGCCCUUUAUGACCCCACUGUCAGUGUUGGUCCAUGACACACUAAUAUAGGCUCCCAGAAGAUGUUGACAGUGUAUGGAGACGUGUCGCUGUCCUAAUGCAGCGUAGUUGUAAUGCCAUAUGUCUUUCCACUGCGCUGACCCCAGUUAACACGUCACUAAUAGGAUGUACACUAAUUGGAUUCCAUUUGAGAGUAUAUUUUAUAUUAAAACAUAUAAACACUUUAAGCCAGAUGACUGGCUGUCUUCACUGGCUGUGUGUGAUAUAACUUGGCCUACAUUUGUUGUCUAAUCGAAGUUGAUUCAAAUUCUAUCUAACUUUAUCGGCAUGAAAGGAGGAAUUGAAUGUUGCCUAAGCGAUACACAGAUGGCAAUAUUCAAUUGAAUCACUUCACAAUUACACCAGGUAAAGACAAUGUGUCAUGGUUAAAACCUGCUAAUAAUUAAGUUUACAUUUCUCUCUAUGCGUGCUUUGAACUCAUGACCUCCCUAGUAAACAGAUCCCCACCCCAAUCACAACCCAAAUAUUAAAAGACCGUUAUAGAAGGUAAAGUAAAAUUCCAUGCAUUGUGGUGCCUACCUCCCGGAGCUCCUUCCCCACCUCAUCCUGUGUCUGUGACAAAAACACCCUCUCUCUCUCUCCUCCUCUCCUCCAUGAUCAGGGUCUUUCCCUUCGGAGGUUAUCAUUAUUAUAUACAUGAUGCAUGUUGGUGCAUACAGGUGGAAUCUUCUUAGACAUGAUUUUGUGGAAAUUUACGUCAUUGCUUUAGGGCAGUUGCUAGUCUUGUGAGCGAUACAACAAUAAUGAUAUUCUGGUGAAUGGAGAAUCUGGCUUGUUGGGGGGAAAACCUAGAACGGCUGAAGUGGAGUGUAGGCUGUUGCUAGUGUGUGUGACUGUGUUUGUGUGCCGACUGCAGAAUGACUUUGCAUUUAACUGCUGCUGUGGACAUGAUGACACGUUCUCAUUGAACCAUAUAUGAUGUCUCUAGGAUCGUUUGCUGAUCCACAGCAGAAUAUUGAUAGGACUGGUCUCCUUAACCUCUUGAGCUGACAACAAUAACUGGUGCCGGAGGUCAGGCACUAGGCAGUGUUUUUGUUGUAGGUAGCUUUAAAAUCAAUACAAAAUUAUCUAUAGCUCUUAGAGCCUCUCAAAGCAUACAAUGGAAACGGGUGACUGUUGUGCUUCCAAUGGUCGGUAUUAUACUGCCCCCUGAUGGAAGAAAAGCAGUACUACACCUCUUAAUGAAAGAAGCGUUGGAGCAUCCGCUUGGCGUUUCCACUCACUACCAAAUAUGGUGAUGAGAGGAAGCCCAGUGGCCGGCAGUGGGAGAAGAUGGUGCGAGAUGGAUUUUUGCCGACAUUCUGCAAAUCUUAUCAACAAAAUAUUUGAUAUCCGUACAGUUUUCUGUUUCUAAAACUAGAAUCUGUAACAGAGUAGACUGCGUUUUCCAGACUUUACCCUUUUGCCGAAGUAAAACAAUUAAAAUGUGUUGUUUAGAAGGAGUGCAAGGAAGAAUUGAGUUAUUGCACACGCACACUUCAGAGUACGCGUUCCCUAAUGGAGAUAUGCAAAUAAAUGCUAGAACGCGCCAACAGGAUCUCACUAGCUGGUGCUUGGCUCUGCCCCUCCUUGCUUGUUCUGCCCACUGAUUAAUAUCCUCCCAUUGGAUACGACAGGCUCUGGUCGAUCUUGCAUUUAUUUAAAAAAAGUUGCCGUCCCUAUGCAAUUUUACUCCAUUUUCAUUGGCUCAUGAGAUCGAAACGGGGACUGACAGACUUCUGUAUCUGAAAAGUUAAAAAGCCAGUCCCUCUCCUUGACUCCUUUCGUUGAUAUGCAGUGAAAUCACAGGAACGGUGAAAGAAUGCAUAAUCUUAAAGGGACUUGUGAACUGUCCCUUUUAAGAUCGGUGCAAGUGAGUGAAAGGCCACACUGACAGGACACCACUUUGACCUAUUGAUAUGCAGCCUGUGUUUUAGUUGUUACCGUCCCUCACCCACCAAACUAACCCUGUCUCUCUGUGGCCCCCCAGUGUCUGUCGUCGGUGGCCACGGCCCUGCAGAGUGGCUUCCUGCCCUACUGUGAGCCUGUCUACCAGCGCUGUGUCACCCUGGUCCAGAAGACCCUCGCUCAGGCCAUGGUAAGAACCUAUAGAGCUCGCCAGCUUGUAGUCCUAAAAACUGGAAAUGAGUUACCUCUGGAUCGUUCAGCCAUUCCUAUUGGGGAAAUUAAUGUGGAAAGAAUGGGAUUUUGGGAUGAACGGUGAAAUUAAGAUCGGAGGUUAACGCAGGCUUAGAUCUUAUACAUUUUGUUCUGAGAUAUCAGUCGGUUAAUAACAUGACCUUUAUGAAUUAUGAAGCCUUUAUGUGCUUGUUUUGAUUACAUAAAUGCUUCAAUUCACAAAAAAGUGACGUUAGCUGAUGAAGAUUCUUAUAGAACAAAAUGUAUAUCUCCUAAGCCUGUGUUUACCACAGACCUUAUUUUCGGCGGUUAUCCCAAAAAACGAUUUUCCCCAUAGGCUUUGUCCAACGAGCCAUGGUGGAGUUAGUACCUACAAAAAUACGCCAUUACUAUUGCUCUCUAUAGUACUUUUAUACAUAUUAAAUCACCAGACAUGCCUUCAGUGAAGAACCAUGUUAAUGUAUGGCAACAAAAACUGUUACAAAAUAAGCUAGAUAUAGCUAGGUUUCCUUCUAAUUGGCGACAGAUUUUCAUUCGAAAAUCUGCAUAAAAACAAUAUGCGCAUUUUCCCAGAUUGUUGGGUUCAGUAACCGAAAGGUGGCUGGUUCGAAUCCCUGAGCCGACUAGGUGAAAAAUCUCUGUGCCCUUGAGCAAGGCACUUAACCCUAAUUGCUCCUUUAAGUUGCUCUGGAUAAGAACGUCUCCUAAAUGAAUGAAAUGUAAAAACAUUUAAAUAAAAGGCUGUGCGUGAUGUAGUGCACAUAAAAAUUACUUUUGUGGUUAAAUUCCCAUAUACCCCCCCAAAAAAGUAUACAAAUUGUUUCCAUCGUGUUUUCAACUCUACUGAUGAUUUUUAAAAUUAGUUUCACGCUGUUGGCGGUAGGUGCACUUGAUUCAGCAGCCCUAGCGUCGGGAAGGCAGUGUUCCCAUUUUGAACCAUUUCAUGUGUCUGAAGGUAGAACUCCACCUACCCGGCAGGCCCAGAGAGCAAAUCAAGUGCACCUAUAGGACUAUCGCUGGCCAUUAGAUAGCUCAGAUCACUGUCUGCACAGUUUCCUCAAGCCAUAGACUGCAAAAAGAAGCCUCGAACAUACAGCAAAGGUUUAAAACCAUGACUAGAGAGCGACUCAAUGAAUACAGCAUAGAGCUACUGGUUUUAUAAGUAAAUUAAUGUUUAAGUUAUUAAUCACUGUCAACACUUUGUUCAAACCUUUUUUAUAAGCCAUGUGUGCCGAUAAGCUUGUUAUUAUUAGCAGCUUAUCUUUUAUAUUAUCGAGGAAUAUUUCACUUUCUCUGUUUAUAGCAGUAACAACAUGAAUUGGUGCAUGAGGCAGAAAUAAUGCAGUGUGACUUGAGUUUUGCAAUCAGCUGGAAGACUGUCCCCUUUUCUCAGCGGAGUGAGGGAGAGAUGGUGAGUCGGGUGAGAGGCAGCCUCACCGCUGCUCAUUCCUCCCCUCAGACUGAUCAUCGGAUGCAGGCCAUCAGUCCAGUAAAAAAUAUAUACAAAUUAUGCUCACUUAGCUGUGCCUCACAAGUAAUACAACAAAUGAUAUAUUGCCAGUGUGAUCAUAUACCUACAUUUUUAAAAUAUAUAUAUUUUUUUUAAUGGUCAGAAUUGGUAAUUCAAGCAUAGCCAAUAUGCAGUGAUAAUGUAUUGGGCCUAUAGCCUACUGCACAAACCUCAUUGCUACAGAACUGUUAUUUUUUUGGGGGGUUAAUGUUGCAUAGGCUUAGGUUUUUUAAGUCAUGUUUUUAAAAAAAUCAGAGCUGUAGAUCUCAGCUUCCAUUUUGAUUCAGAAAGUGAUCUUGACUCAGAAAAGGUUGGUGACCGUUGGCCUACAUGAUGAGAUUAUUAUGGAAUAUUUUUAGUUUUCAAAUGGCAGCCAAGCAUCGAUCAUCAUGUCACCAGAAUAAGACCCUCGAUAUUUAUUGGAAAGGAGCAUCAAGCUCAUCACCUUGCACUUUCACCACCCUGUGAAGUUCAUCAUAAUUUAUUUAAUCUGUAGCCUAAUAAACUGCAUGCUUUCCCACGUCGUAGUGGGAGGACCACACAUGCCAUCGUGUGACUCUUCGGUAUGAUGGUAAUAUCAAUAUUUGCGCAGAAGUGUUUCCACCGCCAUUUCUCGCAUAAUACAUUUUACCGAAGCAAAAAGAUUCCACCUUGUCUAGCGAAUUUUGUUUUGUCGACGUUUGGAAAGGUUACAGACAAAUUUGCUCUUUCCAUCAUGCCUGUCGUGAUUUUUUUUUAUCCAACAUGUACUUUACUGGCAUGAAAAGGUUGGAUGGAAACCUGGUUUCAGAUAUUAAUUAUAAGUUAGAAUAUAAACAAAUGUUAAUUGUCAAUUUAUUCUACACCACAAAACAUAAGUUAGCGUAAACAAACUGCGUUUAUUCAGCAAUUUAUUAAACAUCGUACAGCGUUUUAGCUUCAUAUCCUAACUGUGAACAACAACCCACUGAUGACUCUCUGUCCGUCUCCUCUCUCUCCAGAUGUACAACCAGCACCCUGACCAGUACGAAGCCCCUGACAAGGACUUUAUGAUUGUGGCCCUGGACCUGCUGAGUGGCCUGGCCGAGGGCUUGGGGGGCAGUGUGGACCAGCUGGUUGCCCGCAGCAACAUCAUGACCCUGCUCUUCCAGUGCAUGCAGGUACACAGGGGCAUCCAAGUGCCAACUGUCAGUGGCCAUUUUGAAAAUGUUAAAUUAGUCAAUUUGAAGGAGGAUAAGUUGCCGUAUAGUUUAUACAGUGCUGCUCUGUCGUUCGCCAAAAAAAAAACUGAAACUGGUUUGUAUGAAAGUUGGUAUUAUUGCUGUUUGGAGUGUUAAAAGUUCCAAAUAUUUGUUUUAACCAGAUGUGUGUGUGUUUUUGAGACUAACUGUGCGUUCCUCCAGGACCCUAUGCCAGAGGUGAGACAGAGCUCCUUUGCUCUGCUGGGAGACCUGACCAAGGCCUGCUUCCCUCACGUCAAACCCUGCAUUGGUGAGUCGACCAUAGUAAUGAAGAAAUUACCUGUCAAUGUCAUGAAAAAGUAGAUUCAUAAUCAGGACUAGAUUACCAGUUGCUGGCGCUGAGGAGGUAUGUGUGUUGGAGUGACUAGUAGUUUAGGUAUUAUUUGUAUAUUGGUGAGUGUGUAUACCAGUGAUUGUGUGACUUGUUGAGUGUACUGUUUGUUUAACCUGUGUGUUUGUGGGAGUUUGUGUAUAGCAGGGAUUGUGUGACAAGUUGUGUGUAGUGUUUGUAUAUAAACCUGUGUAUCCCCCAUCCAGCUGAGUUCAUGCCGAUCCUGGGCCUGAACCUGAACCCAGAGUUCAUCUCUGUGUGUAACAACGCUACCUGGGCCAUUGGAGAGAUCGCCAUGCAGAUGGGUGAGUUACUGCUUGCUGUGUGUCCUGACUGCAGUCUUAAUUUAUUACACACCUGCACUCUUUACCUCACAACCACUCUUAAAUGCAUCUCACUAUCUCUGCUUUCCCUCGCUCUCUCCCUCCCUUACUAAUUCUCAUAAUAACACACACAGACAACCAACAACCAGUCUGCACCUAUGAUGAUCUCUCUAACAGACAUUCGAAAUCUGAAAUGUUCUAUGUGGAAGUUAAAGGUCUGAGUGUGUGACAGAGGUCCCGGUGUAGGGAUGAACACACAGAUGGUAAUGGUGUCACGUGUGUUAUGGUGUAUGCUGCUAGGGUUUGCUGUCUUUUGGAUGGAGCAUGUAGCUAACUCUGUCAGAUUUGAUUCGCUGCCCUUGCUCUAUAACCCAUGAACUCAAUGACCCUCUGUCAUACGAGUGAGUCAAUCUCCCUUGACUACAGUGUGCUGCAAGAUGCCUGAGUGAUGGGUCCUGCUACCAUUGGACUCUAACAGUGAGGCCUGCAGGUGUGUGCAAGCAUGGCAGGCCAACCAGCAGUAGUACAGUGUAGUGACAUUGUGCUAAAAUACCUCUACAGGGAGAACUGACAAGAAGGAUGAAGGAGAUUGCUCAGGUGAGCUAGGGGGAACCAUGGCUAAAGAUGGUGGCCAUUUUGGGAAAUUGGCCAGAAAUCAUGAGAACCCUAUUUUUGUAGCAACACCACCAGAUUCACUCCAUCAGUAAUCCAUGUUGGUAAUGGUGAUUUGAUAGAAGUGAUUGUAAUGAUGACACUAUAAAUACUCUAAAUGACAGUGAAUACUUGAUAGCGCUGAUGUUGGAGUUGACUGUAGACCUGGCUUCAAAUUCUAUUUGAAAUACUUAAGCUGUGCUUGAUUGUAUAUGAAAGGAACCUAUAGAAAAGGCCCCAAAGUUUAAACCCCGUCCAUUUGCCACUCCAGGCAGGCUAGAGAAAAUGCUCAAAGUAUCUGAAAGAUUUCCAAUAGUAAUUGAACCCAGGUAUGGGUAUACUCCCGAGUGGCGCAGUGGUCUAAGGCACUGCAUCGCAGUGCUAGCUGUGCCACUAGAGAUCCUGGUUUGAAUCCAGGCUCUGUCGUAGCCGGCCGCGACCGGGAGACCCAUGGGGCAGCGCACAAUUGGUCCAGCGUCGUCUAGGGUAGGGGAGGGAAUGGCCGGCAGGGGAUGUAGCUCAGUUCGUAGAGCACGCCGUUUGCAACGCCAGGGUUGUGGGUUCGAUUCCCACGGGGGGUAUGGGGAAAAAGAAAAAGUAAUGUAUGCACUAACUGUAAGUCGCUCUGGAUAAGAGCGUCUGCUAAAUCACUAAAAUGUAAAUGUAUGGAGAGCAAUGCCAUAAUUUCCAGCUGGUUGAUUGUGUUGUGUUUUCCCUGGUGACUGUAGGAUCAGACAUGCAACCCUAUGUUGGGCUGGUCCUCAACAACCUGGUGGAGAUAAUCAACAGACCUAACACACCCAAGACCCUCCUGGAGAAUACAGGUACGGUACUCACACAGACACAUGUUUAAAUCCCUACCCCCAUGGAAAACAACAAGUAUUUAGGCUCCAGUCCACUCCUAUUAUGAUCUCUUUUAACAGACAUUUGAAAUCUGAGAUGUUCAAUGUGGAAGUUAAAGCUCUGAGUGUGAGACUAGGAGAUCUGACUUUGAAGUUAUUGUUCUAAAACUUAUUGGUAUGGCCCUGUAGUUAUUGACACAUAAUCACUCCUCUGUUUCUCUUGGGACAGCCAUUACGAUCGGCAGGCUGGGGUACGUGUGUCCACAGGAGGUGUCUCCCAUGCUGCAACAGUUCAUCAGACCCUGGUGCACAUCGUUGAGGAACAUCAGGGACAAUGAGGAGAAAGACUCUGCGUUCCGUGGAAUCUGCAUGAUGAUCGGCGUCAACCCCGCUGGAGUGGUUCAGGUGAACACUGUUCCACACAGGAAUAUGGAUUUACUGGGGCCAAUACUUUAAAUAUUUUUGUUCCCCGAGUGUGUUGCCUCUCCACUCUUGUCUAUUAUGAACUCUAAACAGACAUUCUUAAUCUGAAUAACUAGUGUGGAUGUAAUUUAGACUCUGAGGUAACUCUGGUGAGAGAAGGCACAUUGUAUUCAACCAAGCGUGUUUGGUGUCAUUGAAGGAUGAUUGGAACCUAAAUGAGUAAGGGAAUGUGGAUGAUGAGGAUGUUGUCAUAUGAACUUUGGUGUCUCUCUUCAGGACUUCAUCUUCUUCUGUGAUGCUGUGGCCUCCUGGGUUAGUCCUAAGGACGAUCUGAGAGACAUGUUCUACAAGGUAAGCACUCGGGAGAUAUAUACCUCAACAAAUCUCACCCAUACGUUUGAUCCUCAGGAUACAAAGGUUCUAGACUGUUGGGUUCUAAGUAGACCUCAUGCUCCUCUUCCUCCACACCCUGUGAUGAUCUUUAUCUACAGACAUUCGAAAUCUGAACAUAUAUUGUGGAUAUUUUAGACUCUGAGAUGUGUGGUGCCAAGAAAACAAAAGAACCAGCUUUGCCAGUCGCUGAAGACCACUGACCGUAUACCCCACCUUGAUUUACAAGCUUUGUUUGUUGUGUUGUAGAUCCUCCAUGGCUUCAAGGACCAGGUGGGCGAGGAGAACUGGCAGCAGUUCUCAGAACAAUUCCCCCCUCUGCUGAAGGAGAGGCUGUCGGCCUGCUAUGGCGUGUAGUUCCCCUCGCCGACACAGGACACGCCUGUCAGGUAUUGACUCACUUUAGGUAGAACUGAUCUAGGAUCGGCUUCCUUUCCCCAUAUCCUAAUGUUAUGUUUAGUCCAUGUUCUCUCUGUUCACCUGAAUAAAAAAUUAACUUGUUUUCCCUUUUCUCCCUCCUCUUCCUAUUCGCUCCUCUUCUCCCACUUUGUCCCCUCUCCAGGUUUAAUCUACGGGAGGGUUACUGGGGGAACUCAUCCAUCUGUGUUACUGCACUGCCCUGAUCGUGGGGGGAGGAGGAGAGGGAUUGGCCCUGGCUCCUGUCCAUUCAGACUACAAGUCCCACGACCCUGUGUGUCUCUGUGAGGGUGGGUGGGAGGGAGGGUUACUGGGAGGGAAACUGGGGAGAAAACCUCUGGAUUUCAAACGCCAAACUUAAAUCCAACGACAUACUCCGAUGUAACCAAAGCCACAGGGGUUCUAUAAGAGGGGGAGGGAGGGUAGGAUAAGCAAAUGCACGGGCCGGCUACGAACGGCACUAGAUCCAUUCGAUAACCAAGGUUAGAGGAGAGCUGUGGUGGGAGGGCGGGCGGGGUGGCAGCAACCCCGGAAUAAGUAAAUUAAGGAGAAAUCUCAAAACCAGCCCAGGAGCCACAGUUUAAAAACACAACACACAUAUGUAGACUGGCACACUUAGACUUAGUUCAGGCAGGGAAGGUAGUUGCCCUGGCCCGAACGACCAAUCGGUGCACAAGCACAUUGCAUACAUUCUACAAUAGUCAUUUGAGAAUCUAUACAAAGGCUGUGGGUGGGAUACAGAUGUAGCGCUAAUGUUUUAUAAUAGCUGCCUGAAGGCUAGCCUCAGAGGGGAAAGCAUGAGAGGCUUUUCAACAUAAUAACGGGGAGAGUUCUAGAAGAGUAAUUUGCACCUAUACUACACAAGCUUUCAUAGACCGUACAUUACCGUACCUGUUCAUAUUGGGACUUAUCUCUAUAAAACACAGGUACAUUUAGACAAUUUUUCUUCCCUUGCUUGCAGAAUUUAUUUUUAUUUUUGAAAUGAUAUUUGUUUCCCUUCUAAGAAAAAUAGUAAUUUAAAUGUAGUCUGUUUUUUUUCCUUUCCCAGUUCUUACUACAACAGACCGACACAAUCCUUCCAGAAAUCAUUUACUGUAGUGCUGACAAAUGUCAUUUUUUCCUUUUGACUAGCUCUAGUAAGGGUUUGAUUGGUUUGCAUGGCAUUGAUCACCUCUUGUUAAGUGACGUGUGUGUGCGUAUCUUGUUGUUACAAGUAGUUUUACAUUCGGAAACAAUGGUAGUAGGCUUAUCGUUCUAAGGUAACAACACUAGGUUAUUUGCGCCCCCCCCCCCCCCCCCCCCCCCCCUUAUUCUGUGACCAGCCCUCCCCUGUCGCCAUACUUAACACAUAGCAAACGGGUGGGUUUCUUUAGUGUCGAGAUCCAGUAAUGUCAUAGUUCAGAGACGCAAGGUUCAAUCGAUCUUAUAGAAGAAUAACUCCCUGCAACCAGUUAUACUGUAGUAAAAAUCAUAAUCCGUUUUGCUGCUACUUCUUUUGUUUUUAUAGUAUUUACAAUGGAUUAGAGCGAUAAGGCAUCAGUAAGAACUUUAUAAUACAUCAGUUGCUGGUUCUUUUUGAUAUUAUGCACUUUUAUUUGUAAGAAUGUAGAAUCUCACUUAAAUGAUAGACAGUAAAUAUACCAAUCUUAAGGGUAUAGGCUCUAUUUCUUUUUGUCAAAUGAUUUUAGGACUGUUAUGGUUUGCUGAAGUAAGACACGAUAUAAUGAAGUUAUUGUAUAAGCAAUGGUCAAAAUGAGAAGUUAAGGCUAAUGCCGCCGUUCAUAUGCUAGGUUAAUAAGUAAGGCAUCCAAUCAGAUGGAUGGAAUUGAUUUAAAGGGUAAGUUGAGGACCAUAGAUUUAAAUGGUCAAUCUGCAGUUUGAAUAAUACCAAACAGCUAACCCGCCACUGAUUUGGUAAACAGCUGAGGGAUGUGGCUGGAGAAGUGUAACGACUCACGGACAGAGCAAUGGAUACAGGGACUGGACUGUCCAUGAUAUCAAGAUGAUUGUUUUAACCAUGUUUUGAGGCAAUACAGUAUUUGUAUACAUUUUAUUUCCAAAAAAUGAGUAAAAAAGCUUACUUUGGGUUCUGAUGGGGUACGACAGUUGAGCUAAGAUCAUUAGGCAUAUGUUAUAUUCAAGAAUCAAUGGCUAUAAUUCAUUUGAAAGUCAAAAAAUGCAUUUAGCAAUCAGAUUGCUCCUUUUAAAAGGGAAGGACUGACAGACAUCAAGUAUUUUGGAUCCUGUGUACAUCCCACAAGUGUUUCCAGACAGUCCAACAUAAUGUUUCCCAGCCUUUUCUACGUGAGCAGAAUGAUGAAUAGUAGGGGAGACUGCUGUAAGUCCGCAAAGAUAGAAAAAUACCUUGACUAG